ACCGCCCAUGUGCGUCAAAGACUGUAGGACAGGAAUCAUCAUAAAGAUACUUUUUUGAAACCUUUACGCGGUUCGUAGUUUGCGUUCUGGUGUCUCGUACUUUAUUUUGUAUAACAGAGAUUUAAAACAGUUUAAAGUUUAUUAGAUAUAGAGUAUCUUUAUUUCCUUUAACAGAGUUGGAUGAAUGAUGCAGGAUGGAUAUUAAACUGUUGCGCGUUUGACAGUCGUGGUGCGCUUUUGGACAGCCGUUAUUCUUGACCAUCUUAACUGACGUGCCCAAAUAAUGCUGCCACGUAAAAGUAUCAUUCCCGAGGAGUACUCUGUACCGGCGCUCGCGUCUCGAAUUCACCGCAAACCCGUGUUUAGGGAUCGCGUAAACAAAGCGCGCUUCAUCGCCAAGAGCGGCGCGUGUAACUUAGCGCACAAGAACAUACGCGAACAAGGCAGAUUUCUACAGGAUGUAUUUACCACUCUGGUGGAUCUCAAAUGGCGUUUUACCCUGGUCAUCUUUACCAUGACUUUCCUGUGCAGCUGGCUGUUGUUUGCUAUGCUAUGGUGGUUGGUGGCUUUUGGGCACGGGGAUUUGGACAAAAAUCGUACUGGCAGAGAGCAAUGUGUCACAAAUGUCAAUUCCUUCACUUCUGCCUUCCUCUUCUCCAUCGAGGUGCAGGUCACCAUAGGUUUUGGGGGACGCAUGAUUACCGAGGAGUGUACUUUAGCUAUAACUCUUCUCAUAUUACAAAACAUCGGAGGACUUAUCAUUAAUGCCAUAAUGCUCGGUUGCAUCUUCAUGAAAACAGCCCAAUCCCACCGGCGCGCCGAGACCCUCAUCUUCAGCCGUCAAGCUGUAAUCGCCGUGCGCAACAACCGCCUGUGUUUCAUGAUCCGGGUGGGAGACCUGCGCAAAAGCAUGAUCAUCAAUGCUGUAGUGCGCCUUCAGGUGGUCCGAAAGACCACCACACCGGAAGGAGAGGUCAUACCUAUCCAUCAGAUCGACGUGCAAACGGAAAGCGCAGUGGCCAGCAACAACAUCUUCCUGUUGGCACCCUUGAUCAUAUGUCACGUCAUUGACAAAGACAGUCCUCUUUACGAUCUCUCGGCCAUGGAGUUGCCGUGUAGUGAUCUAGAGGUUAUUGUCAUACUGGAAGGCGUGGUGGAGACCACGGGCAUCACCACUCAGGCGCGCACUUCAUACGUGGCCGAGGAAAUCCUAUGGGGCCAGCGCUUCGUGCCAAUAGUGACCGAAGAAGAGGGUGUGUACUCGGUGGACUAUUCAAAGUUUGGCAACACCGUCAAGGUGGCCACUCCGCCCUGCAGCGCCCGUGAGCUGGACGAGAAGCCCUCGAUCCUAAUCCAGACGCUGCAGAAGAGCGAGCUGUCGCAUCAGAACUCUUUGCGCAAAAGGAACUCAAUGCGCCGCAACAACUCAAUACGCAAAAACAACACGAUGCGCCGCAACAAUUCGGGCCUCUCCGUGCCCAAAGUGCAGUUCCUGACACCGGAGGGUGGGCCAAGCAUUGUCACGUGACUAGAGGCCUGUCCCUUUUGGUUAGCUAUUUUCACCUGUCUAUCUGUAGGCCUCAAUUGUCCUUGUGUCACUGUUUCCAAAUUUGUUCCUUGUUUGUUUAUUGUGUUAUUGUGUAGGUUUUCGACCAAAUUUUUACAGUGACAUUUUGUUAAACUUUACAUUACAAAUGUAUAUGUUCCACAUGUUUAAUAUUUGUAUUAUAUUUUACAACAUCAAUGACAAGCAUACAACAAUUAUAAUAAGUAAAUAAAUAUUUGAUUU